UUUGGUGAUGGGAAUGGGAAUCUCUUAUGCGGCAGAACUUAACUUCUUACUUAUGGUACCAUUUGUAUUAUACGAAAUGGCUAAAUUCGAGAGGAAAGAUGUCGCCAUGGUGAUGUCAAUUCAAUCAGCGUUUGACAUCUUCGGAAGGCUGGCAUUACCAAUUCUUUCCCAUAAGAGUGGAUGGCACCCAAGAUUAAUGUAUGCCAUUACUUUAAUUGGAUCUUCAAUAGCAAGAACUAUUUUAGCAAUUUUCUGUGAUACUGGAUACGUGGUAUUAGCUUGUAGUGCGUUAUGGGGUUUAUCAAAAGGUGGAAAGGCAGUUUUUCAGUCAUUAGUUUUACCAAAAUACGUUCCAUAUGAAAAACUGGCCACUGCAUUUGGAGUACAAAUGAUGAUUAACGGAUUUUUAUCCUUAAUAAUUGGUCCAUUUAUAGGUAACAAUCAAUUAACCAUAAUUCUCAUUGACAGUCCUGGAGAUGCAGGAUAGUUAAUUAUUCAAUAUGCUAGUCAUUAUUCAUCAUAAUUUGCAUUUUAAUAAUUGCAUUUUUUCAAAAAAAGAACAUAAUAAUAAUAUUUCAGAAAAUUUGCAUAUUCCAGCAAGCAGAAUUGAUUUUACAGUCUUCUUUAUUUACUAAACAACUUGUUUGUAUAUAAACUUCUACCUCAAUACUUCAAAUAAAAGAAUUUCAGACUUUUAUGAAUGCGACACUUUCAAACUAGUUCGUAACAUAUUGAUCGAAAUUAAAUUUUAAACAGAGAUUUAAUAAUAAUUAUAAUGAAUACAUGCUACUGAACAUAGUGAUGGUUUUUGCCUAAAAUAAAUACUAAAAAUUCGAAGAAAAUAAG